CUUGGCUCUCCUCUCCCCCCCGAAUCUAGAGUUUUCUCUCUUUGCGAUGGCGAAUAAUAAUACUAAUACUCAAGCAAGCCUUCUUCUCCAGAAACAGCUCAAAGAUCUGUGCAAGAAACCGGUUGAUGGUUUCUCUGCUGGUCUCGUUGACGAGAGUAACGUUUUUCAAUGGAGCGUCUCCAUCAUGGGUCCUCCUGAUACCUUGUAUGAAGGGGGAUUCUUUAAUGCAAUAAUGACAUUUCCAAAUGAAUAUCCUCAGCUCCCACCAACUGUGACGUUCACUUCUGAGAUGUGGCAUCCUAAUGUUUAUUCUGAUGGGAAAGUUUGCAUAUCGAUUCUUCAUCCGCCUGGUGAGGAUCCUAAUGGAUACGAGCUUGCCUCUGAACGUUGGACCGCUAUCCAUACGGUAGAAAGCAUUGUGUUGAGUAUCAUAUCUAUGCUCUCGAGUCCUAACGACGAGUCACCUGCUAACGUGGAAGCUGCAAAAGAGUGGAGAGACAACAGAGCAGAGUUUAGGAAGAAAGUGAGUCGCUGUGUUAGAAAAUCGCAAGAGAUGCUAUGAGCAUCACUUCUUUGCGUUUUUUAUGUGUUGUAGAAAUUUCGAUCCUAAGCUAAGAGAGAGAACGUAAGAAGAAGCAUCAUCAAUCAUCAAGAAGCAGCCAGAUGAAUCUGUAUGCUCAAAAGCUUGUUUUCUUUUUCUUUUGUGGUUUUGGUUCUGGAGUUGUCUUUAAGGUUUGGAAUAUUGUGGUGGAAUCAAAUCUAAUCCACCUUUUAGGAUUAUAAUCUUACUCUCGUUAAUGGAUUCGUUUUCACAUUCCUUUUUUAAAAAUUUCUGAUAUUAAAAUUCUCGACUAUAGUAUGUGUACAUUCUUGGUCUUGUUGAUCCUUAAUUUUCAUGUUAAGGAGCAUAGACUUGAGUGUUU